GGCGGAGGCAGAGGCAGCAGCAGCCGCGCUGGCUGCAAUGAAUGAUCCCCCAGCUGGGGGGCAGGACUCCAGGUGAGCCUCUGCCCUCGGGAGGGCCGGGACCCCCGGCCGCCCUGCACGGCAGCCCCCGCCAUGGAUCCCUAGAGGGAGGAGGAGGAGGAGGCGAAGACAGCCCUGCCGCCCACCCCCAUCCCAUUUUCCUCUUCCUUUAUCUCAUUGUUGCCGGAGCUGUUUACAGCAGCGCUCCCUCUGCCCCAGCAUGGGGCGGGCUCCCGGCACUGCCCUUCGGCAGGCGCUGCUCCCGCUGUUGCCUGGAGAUUCUGCCUAAUUCUACCUCCCCGGCCGGUGCACCGAGGAUCUGAAAGCAGUGGAGGCCCGGACUGCAGCAGCGGCGGGGCCACUUCCCAGCAUCCCCACCCUAGGAGGCUGCAUGCGGAUUGAAGAGCGGCGCCUGGGGGCUGGGCCGGCCCCGCCGAUCCCGACCUAAGGAACAGGACAGCAGGACCGCCCAGGCUGCCGAGGGGAGCAGAGGAAAGGACAGAGCAGCAAGAUGGCCAGUAAGACCAAGACCAGUGAGGCCCUGAAGGUGGUGGCCCGGUGCCGCCCCCUCAGCAGGAAGGAGGAGGCAGCUGGUCAUGAGCAGAUCCUGACCAUGGACGUGAAACUGGGCCAGGUGACCCUGCGGAACCCCCGUGCAGCCCCUGGAGAGCUGCCCAAGACCUUCACUUUUGACGCCGUGUACGAUGCCAGCUCCAAGCAGGCAGACCUGUAUGAUGAAACCGUGAGGCCCCUGAUAGACUCAGUGCUUCAGGGUUUCAAUGGCACAGUGUUUGCCUAUGGCCAGACGGGCACUGGCAAGACCUACACGAUGCAGGGAACCUGGGUGGAGCCUGAGCUGCGCGGGGUCAUCCCCAACGCCUUUGAACACAUCUUCACCCACAUCUCCCGCUCCCAGAACCAGCAGUACCUAGUCCGAGCCUCUUACUUAGAGAUCUACCAGGAGGAGAUUCGAGACCUUCUCUCCAAGGAGCCAGGCAAGAGGCUAGAGCUGAAGGAAAAUCCUGAGACAGGGGUCUACAUCAAGGACCUUUCUUCCUUUGUCACCAAGAAUGUCAAAGAGAUCGAACAUGUGAUGAACCUGGGGAACCAGACUCGUGCAGUGGGCAGCACCCACAUGAAUGAGGUCAGCUCCCGCUCCCACGCAAUCUUCGUGAUCACUGUGGAGUGCAGUGAGCGUGGCUCUGAUGGCCAGGACCACAUCCGUGUGGGGAAGCUCAACCUGGUGGACCUGGCUGGCAGUGAGAGGCAGAACAAGGCAGGCCCUAACACAGCUGGAGGGACAGCCACACAGUCCACGGGUGGUGGUGGCGGUGGCAAUGGAGGUAGURGUGGCAGCAGUGGAGAGAGACCUAAGGAAGCCUCCAAAAUCAACCUCUCUCUGUCUGCCCUGGGUAACGUGAUUGCUGCUCUGGCGGGUAACAGGAGCACCCAUAUCCCCUACCGGGACUCUAAGCUGACCCGGCUGCUCCAGGACUCUCUGGGCGGGAAUGCCAAGACCAUCAUGGUGGCCACACUGGGGCCAGCUUCUCACAGCUAUGAUGAGAGCCUCUCCACCCUACGCUUUGCCAAUCGAGCCAAGAACAUCAAGAACAAGCCACGGGUGAAUGAAGAUCCCAAGGAUACGCUGCUGCGGGAAUUCCAGGAGGAAAUUGCCCGCCUGAAGGCCCAGCUGGAGAAGAGGGGGAUGCUGGGGAAGAGGCCCCGGAGGAAGAGUAGCCGCAGGAAGAAGGCUGUGUCAGCCCCAGCUGGGUACCCUGAAGGGCCAGUGAUUGAGGCCUGGGUGGCUGAAGAGGAGGAUGACAACAACAACAACCACCGCCCGCCCCAGCCCAUCCUGGAGUCAGCCUUGGAGAAGAACAUGGAGAAUUACCUUCAGGAACAGAAGGAACGGCUGGAGGAAGAGAAGGCGGCCAUUCAGGAUGACCGCAGCCUGGUGAGUGAGGAGAAGCAGAAGCUGCUGGAGGAGAAGGAGAAGAUGCUGGAGGACCUGCGGCGGGAGCAGCAGGCCACAGAGCUGCUUGCAGCCAAGUACAAGGCCAUGGAGAGCAAGCUGCUUAUCGGUGGCAGAAACAUUAUGGAUCACACCAAUGAGCAGCAGAAGAUGUUGGAACUGAAGAGGCAGGAGAUUGCCGAACAGAAACGUCGUGAACGCGAAAUGCAGCAGGAGAUGAUGCUCCGAGAUGAGGAGACCAUGGAGCUCCGGGGUACUUACACCUCCCUGCAGCAGGAGGUGGAGGUCAAAACCAAGAAACUCAAGAAGCUCUACGCCAAGCUGCAGGCGGUGAAGGCGGAGAUCCAGGACCAACAUGACGAGUACAUCCGCGUGCGGCAGGACCUGGAGGAGGCGCAGAACGAGCAGACCCGGGAACUCAAGCUCAAGUACCUAAUAAUCGAGAACUUCAUUCCCCCUGAGGAGAAGAACAAGAUCAUGAACCGGCUCUUCCUGGACUGUGAGGAGGAACAGUGGAAGUUCCAGCCGCUGGUGCCAGCUGGAGUGAAUAACAGCCAAAUGAAGAAGCGGCCAACAUCUGCAGUGGGCUACAAGAGGCCUAUCAGCCAGUAUGCUCGGGUUGCCAUGGCAAUGGGGUCCCACCCCAGGUAUAGGGCUGAAAACAUCAUGUUUUUGGAGUUGGACGUGUCCCCUCCAGCUGUCUUUGAGAUGGAAUUCUCUCAUGACCAAGAACAAGACCCUCGUGCACUACACAUGGAGCGGCUCAUGAGGCUGGACAGCUUUCUAGAAAGACCUUCCACAUCUAAAGUCCGAAAGUCCCGAUCCUGGUGCCAGAGUCCUCAGCGGCCUCCACCUUCCACCRCACAUGCCUCCCUGGCCUCUGCUUCUCUGCACCCUGCAACAGUGGUGGACCAUGAGUGACAGCCUUCACAGUCAGACUGCCCAUCCAACAGACUUUUAGGAUGGGGCAGCCAACSUGGGCUCAUCUCAUCUGCCGCUUGGUGCGUGUGCGUGUAAGGUGUGCGUGCAUGUGCGUGUGUGUAUGUGUGAAGGGGUGAGGAUCUGGCAGAUGCUGCCUCUGCCUGCUAUUCUGCGCCUCCUUUAUUUAAUUCAUGUUAUUUAUUCGUGGAGUUCAGUUAUGUGGGGGAGGUGCCCUCACCUGAGCAUCUUGGGCCUGUGGCCAUCACUGCAUAGUCUCCUUUUCUUCUGCCUGGAGACCCCUGGUCAGACCUCAAGCUCCUCCCUGUGUCUCCCACCCUCAGAGAGGAAGAUGGCUAGUGCCUGAGAAGACAGUACUUUUUCUAUCCACCUCAUUCCAUAAUCUCCAUCUCCUCCUACCCUGAUGGUGAGCAGUCCCUAAGCACUUUCUGGGACUAGAAAACUACAGGGUGUCCACUGAGGACAAGAGACAUCCUGACAGUGUUGGGCCUGUGUUCCUGGUGGACAGAGCCUGCUCUCCACUUUCUGGGCCUCUGACAACCUCUUCUGGCCUCUUGGUCUCUUUUUCAAAGACUUAAACGACUUCACCAAAACUUAGCCUGUGCUCUUCGGCUUUGUCAAGAACUCACAGCUUCCCAAACUCUGCUUCCUGACCACCUUCCCAGCCCUUGGAUGGGAAUUAUGAACCAACCAGUUGUAGCCAACUCAGGACCUGCUGGAAAUGGAAUAGUAUUGAGACAUCGUGGACUGUCAUCAAGGGAAGUUCCUCCUCUGAGUCCCUUUGUUUCUUUCCCUCUAGAAGUUCCUAUGAUUGAGGAACUCUCCAACCAACUCCCUGCCUUUUUCUUGUUUGUAGUCAGUACUGGGGAUUGAGCCCAGGGACACUCCACCAGUGUGCCACACACCCAGUCCGUUUAUUUAUUUAUUUAUUUUUAUUUUAAGACAGGAUCUAAUUUGCCUGGGCUGACCUCGAUCUUGCAAUCCUGCCUCACCCUCUGGAAUCACUGGAUUAUAGGUGUGCACCAUUGUGCCUGGUGCAACUACCAUGGCUUCUUCCUGCUUCCAUCAUUUUUCCCUGCCAYAUCUCAGUUCUUAGUGGGAGGGAUCUGCUCCUGGCUAAAUGAAGGUUAUCCAAAUCUGUGGUUUUCCUCCUGUAUUUGGCCCAGGAGAUGGAGACCCAGGCACAAUCAUUGCUAGCCUUGCUUAAUACUUCUGUUUCUCAAUCAUAUUUUGAUGGCACGAUUUUGUUGAAAACUGAUCUGUCCAUUACCGUGUGUGCAAGUUGGUCCCUCCUCAGGAAUCUUCCAUUG